UAAAAAUGACUACACAGACUGCUUGAUUGGGGAAAUACUUAAAAUGUCGUUGUUAAUGGACAAUAGUCUUGCAAAUUGUCGUAUGAUGCAGCAAUGAGCUUAAUCUGUGUAUUUAGUUCGCUUCGAAUAGAUGUAAACAAACGGCACCCUUCGUGAACCCCGUAUCGCCGUGCUCAACUUGUUUUGUUGUUGUUGCAUUUGGCAAUCAUAAAUUACAAGCCCUUGGAAGAGCACAAUUUUAAAUAAAAAGUACUCAAUGCUCUUGCCUCAUUAAUCACGUGUCAAAAGCUCAAUUAUGUUGCUGCGGUUGUCCCUAUUGUUUGCACGGUCUCUGCACAAUGGUCGCUUGCGAUUGAUGUUCCUGACCCUCAUCGUCAUGCUCAUUUGUGGAUUAACCAUUACAUAUUAUCAGCGCACGGAUCUGAAAAUGUGUUUCAUGGAGCUAGACGCGCAACCUCAUAGUGAGAAUGAAGGUGAGGCGGAGAGCCUGGGAGAUAUUCUGCUUACAGAGCCAAUGCCGACACCUGGUAAAAGCAUAUUUUUCCAUGAGACCAGUUGCCAUCAGCUGGAGCUUGAGAAGGGCAAGUGGCAGAUGGGAAAAUUAAAGUUGACGCCGAGACAGGCGUGCGCAAUUGAGUCAGCUGCCCUGCACAAUCCCAAUUUCCAAGUGUUUGUUCUCUUUGCGAGCCCAACAUACUUGGUGUGGAAAAAUCACAGCGUAAUGCCUCUAAUAGACGCUAUUCUUAGCUAUAAAAAUGUAAAUAUACGCCGAGUGAAUCUCUGGAGCUAUGCGGCAGGCACGCCCAUCGAUGAGUGGGUCAAAGAUGGCCAACUGUUUCGCUCAAGUUAUGUGAUCUCGCACAUAUCCGAUUUUCUGCGCUACUUAACGCUUUAUCGCUUCGGGGGUCUCUAUCUGGACAUGGAUGUUGUAGUGCUGCGCAGCAUGGAAGAUGUUCCACCGAACUACACGGGCGCUGAGUCAACCACUAGCUUGGCUGCUGGCGUUAUGAAUCUCGCACCUGAUGGCUUUGGUCAUGAAAUUGCAGAUCUUUGUUUACGCAAUUUUCAAAAGCAUUUCGAUGGCAGCGAUUGGGGAAACAAUGGUCCAGGUGUUAUCACUCGUGUGGCCGAGAAAAUUUGUGGCACCAAGGUCAUAUCUUUAAUGGUCGAGGAUCAUAAGCGUUGCCUUGGCUUCAAGGUGUUCGAGCGAAAUGCGUUCUAUGCUGUGCCCUGGAGGGAGUGGCGUGUUUUCUUUGAACCAACAUACUUGGAUCAAACAAUGGCACGCACCAAGGACUCAUAUGUGGCGCAUGUGUGGAAUAAACACUCCAAAGACCUCCUCAUUAAGGUGGGCUCAAAAGCAGCCUAUGCCAAAUAUGCGGAACAAAAUUGUCCCAAAGUUUUUGCGGCAACUGGUGAGUACUUCUAGACUCUAAAAAAGCGUCGAAAACGACCUUCGGAUGAAUCUCUCCUUAUCUCGCAGUUCUGCAAAUCUUUUCAUCUACAAACAUAUUGAUUUAUAUUUAUAUUUAUAUAUAUUUUGUAAAUUUUUAAUUUAAACCAAAGAUAUCAUUUUAGUAUUAAAAACAAUAUUGUGCCGCCUGCUAUUAAAUUUCACCUUUUGUGCCCUCGCAAGCAAAGUCCACGAACAAUUGUCAUUAGUCAUUGCUUUAAAGAAGGUCCGUUCAUUCGUUCUUAAAUACUUCGUGCAGUUUUUAUUUGUUGUGUACUUUAUUAUUAGGAGAGGUAAAAAUUUGCUUUUUUAGUUUUUUAUUUAACUGCGUAAUACUCAACAAGAAAUUUUUAAACUUUUUUUUUAUUAUUUAUACUAAAGAGUCCACUUUCGAUUUCUUAUGAAAUUUUAUACGUAAAAAUGACUUACGUGAGUGCCUUUUUCUUAUAUCUUGGCCAUGUACCAAAUUGUCUGUAAUCCACCGUAGAACUGGACUUUGCUAAAUUGGAUUUUAAGGCACAUUUGUUACAAUUGGUUGAAUGAAUGAACACAUUCAAAUAAGCCAAAAGAGUACAGUUCUUCUACUUUUUAAUAACAAUUUAAAAUAUUCGGCUUGGCUAUCUGUAGGCACAUUCUCUUUUGGUAGCUUGUACUUUAGUCUAGUAUUGCAUUCCAAAUUGUAAAUGUAAAAGGCUUUGAUAAAAAAAAAAAAAAAGUAUACGCACAAUUAUUUGCGCAGAUUUAGUACGUAAGUAUUUUUAAGAAACUCACAUGACAGUUGAAACUGUCGGUACAAAAUCGAACUUUAAAUCACGAAUCCCGGGCUCAAAUGGCCAGAAAAGCGAUGAAAAUAAUUAUAGAUCCCACUGUAUCGGUUAUAUAAUAAACACAAAUAAUGUAGAAUUAUAUGUAAUUUUUGUUGCCUAUACGAUAUGUAAUGUUUUACUACAUCCUUAGACUAGGUUGUUUUUCUAGCGAUGUAAAUCUUU